AUGCAGGGAAUAGAUAGCGCUGAGGGUGAGCGCUUACGAACAGGACAGGUGGGUGAGGGCAGCGGUCGACAUUUUGCUGGUCCGGCCAGAAAGAAUAUUCACGAAAUGCAGGAUCUGAGGAAAGGACAGAUUAGUACGACUGGAAUUAUCAAGACAGAAAUCAUGAAUCGGCAAGGACAAAAUGAGAUGAGUCAAGACGGAGGUGUCAUCGGGCGCGAGGCGAAAAGCAAAAAUGACCGGUCUGGUAAGAAAAUCAUAAUCAAAGCAGGGCUUGCUUACACGGUCCACGAGACCCAGGCUGCACCUCUGACCCUGGCAAAGAAUUUUUGCCCGACAACAGGAAUAAACCACGAUGCAGUGCAGCGAACAGAACAAGAGAUGCCUCCCGAAGAGAACGAAGAGCGAGCAGGGAGAAAAAUUAAGAAUCAGACGAUGUUGAAUCCGACACGGUCGCUCUCGGCGAGGGAGGGGCUGCUGAUAACAGCACAGCCGGCAGGAGCGACGGAAGGGAUCGAGCAAGCAGGCCAGCCCUGUUCUUGUUCCUUACUCGAGCGCUGA